GGUUGAACAGAAACCCUCACUACCGUGAACGUAAUACACCAAGUUGCACCAAAAUAAGUAAAUGAAUUGUGUUUAAAACUGAAGAUGCAGCUAACUCAAUGUUUCAAAGUUUCCUAUUUUUGGCUGAUAUUAGGUGGAGUUUGGUAUCCUCGGACUCUGGAUAAUACUCGUAUGUUAUAUGCAGUUAAUAUUUACAGAGUAUUUGCAACAAUUUUUAUUAAUGUCGGGAUGUUAGCUAUUCAGUUUAUAUAUUUUUUUACGGUCGCUGGCAAGGACUUGGACAAAACCGUUGACGCCACCGCCUUAUUUACGUUUGUAGGAUAUCUGUUCAAAGUAAUAACUGUAAUCAAAAACAGACAAAGGAUCAACAAGCUACUAGAUAUAAUUGACAAUGAAACCGAUAAAGACGACUUGUUACGAAAUAUGGCGGCCAACAUAAAUUUUAUAUCUGGUUUCUACAACGGGUGGGCUUGUCUGACGGCGAUAAUGUGGAACUUAAUUCCGUUUACCAAAGCUACGCUCACUUUACCACUUUACUAUCCUGAUUUACCACCGUCGUCGCCAUGGUUUGUUAGAUGGUAUAUCUAUCAAGCUACAAUGAUAAUAAUCAACGCGGUAGCCCAAACGAGCGCAGAUCAUCUGUUCGGGGGUUUAAUGGCGUUCGCGGCGACUCAACUAAAACUACUUCAACACAAGCUUGAGGCUAUUGGAGCUAAAACUGACAGCACAGUGGAUAUAGAUGCUCAAAGAGAACAGGAAGACUACGAGGAAAUGGUUUCAUGUGUUGAAUAUCACUUAAAAAUAAUAUGGUUUGUUGAUGAACUCACGGAUAUCUUCGGAGGAGCCGCGUUUGGACAAUUUCUAUUAGCUGCACCGCUGAUGUGCAUAUCAAUGUUUAUUGUUAUGACCAGCAGUGAUGUGUCAGAGAUAGUGACCAGGAGUUUAUAUUUUGGAUGCCUAUCAGGACAACUUUUUAUUUAUUGUUUCUGUGGGAAUCUGAUAAAGACUCAGAGUGACCUCGUGGCAACAGCAGCAUACAACAGCCAUUGGACGACCACAUCUAUGCGCACCCAGAAGGCUCUCCACCUACUCGUUAUCAGAGGCCAGAGAACUAUCUCAGUGGUGGCAGGCAAUCUAUUCGAACUUUCUCUGGUCACAUUUGGCGCGUUAUUGAAAUCUUCAUAUUCGUUUUUGGCGGUUUUGAGUAAACAUCGCGAUGAAUAAAAUAAAAAGGCAUCCGUAGAUACUAAUGUAUA